AUGUCACGGGACUGUCCAGAUGCAAAUCUGCCAAGCGAAUUUGCUGUGGCCAUGGCCCUCCCCGAACCGUCCCAUAUUCCUCCCCUCAGCCUCGACCCGACCUACGAGACUCGGAUCGACAAUAAUCUCAAACCCGGUCUGAAUGCACUUCCCAUCGAGGCACCAAAAACCUCUUAUCCUUGGACUCAAGAGUGCGAAUGUGGCGGCAUAGGAGUCCACACCCAUCAAGCGACGAUGAACGGGGCCGGUAGCGGUGAUGCUCCAGCCAGGCGCAUAGGCCGUCUACCCAACUUUGUCCAAGUCGCAAAGAGCUAUGUCUUCGAACAACAGAUCCAGAAGUCUUUACAUGAUACCGGUGUCAGCCAAGCCAGAGAGGACAGUAUCAGACUGGCUGGAGUGCAAUGGAUCGACAAUGUCCGAAGGGCUUUGAAAUUACCAGUCAAGACAUUCAACACCGCCGUGGUAUAUUACCACAAAUUCCGCCUUCAACACUCGGAUGGAGAGUACAGUUUCGUGGAUGCCGCUGCAGCAGCACUCUUCACGGCUUGCAAGAUCGAAGACACAUUAAAAAAAUCACGCGACAUCCUCUGCGCCGCACACAAUCUCAAGGUCCCUCGCCAUGAGCAUUUAUCUCCUGAUGACGCGGCCUUCGAGCAUCAAUCACGCAGCGUCAUCGGCCUGGAACGCCUCAUGCUGGAAGCAUCAGGCUUCGAUUUCCGCAAUCGCCACCCACAGGACCUGAUGAUCAAAAUCGCCAAACUCUACAACUUCCAACGAACCUCCCCUAUUGUGCGUACUGCGUACAGCAUGUCUCUCGACCUGUACCGCACAUUCGCACCCCUCAAGCAGCAGACGGCCGCACUGGCGUUUGCGUGCCUCGAAUUAUCCGGCCGCUUGCACGCCAUUGAAAAUCCCCGAAUCUGGAACGGUGAUGACUACGCGUCUUGGAAGAUCGACAGGGGCAUGGUCAUGGAGACCAUGCUCGACUUGUUGGAGUUGUACACUCACCAUCGCACCUCGACGGCCGUGGGCCCCGAUUUUCCGGUCGACACCUUCCUCACCGUGCGGAUCCCGUUGAACGUCGAGAGCGAGGAGAAGAAGAUCUCACGAUACACGGAGUGGGUAGAUGGUCCGGAUGGCAGUGGGUCUGGUGAUGGGCGUGGUGGUAUCAAUAAUGGUAAUGGCGUGCGGGCGAUGAAUGGCUCGCACAAUGGUUCGCGCAGCUCGAGUAAGAACGUGAGUCCCAAGGAUGUCACCAGCCCGAGUACGAAUGCGAGCAGUGUGAGCACGGCGCCGACGAGUGUCCCUGGUGGUGGUGGCGCGCUGAGACAGCGGAUGGGUGAGCGUGGACGUGAGGGAACGGUCCGAUUCAUUCUCAAUCCCGGAAGAGAGCGCGAGGAGAGAAGUAUCGUUGAGUUGUUCCGCAAGGAUUGAAAUAAUUGAAUUGGCGAAAGUCGAGCGAGCAGAGCAGAGCACAGCAUAGCAUAGCACGGGGAGAUGGCGGUCAUCCUAAGUUGGACCUAGCUAUCUACUAUCGACACGGGAGUUUGGAAACGAAGAUACGGGCAUGGGUUGUUCGGCAGACGCCACGGCCGUCAUGGGUUUGGUAUGAGGCUGGAAAUCUUUGCUGGAUGGAGCAUGUCUGUGACAACAAGCGUGGCGUUUGGUGUUGAGCAUUUGAGUACCUGUAUCUCACGGAGGCUUCCUACGUUUGAAUCGGGUCUGUGUGUUUCCAAUAACCACACAGGAUGACAGAAUCUUCCCUUACAAAGCUGAGGUAUCCAAUGCUACUAAGCGUCCCCUCCG